AUGGCUACCGGUCGCAAGGUUGUUCUCGUCACGGGCAGCUCGGCGGGCGGCAUCGGCAACGCCCUCUGCCAAGAGUUCCACAAGCGCGGCUGCGUCGUCUACGCCUCAGCACGCCGCCUCGAGUCCCUCCAGACCCUCCCGGACGAGGUGCGCAAGGUCGCUCUGGACGUCACGUCGCUCGAGUCUUGCCGCAUUGUCGUCGACAAGAUCAUCAAGGAGCAGGGAAGGAUUGAUGUGCUGGUCAACAACGCGGGCGCGGCCGGAACGGGAGCUGUCCUCGAUGCGGAUGUUGAGAGCGAAGAGGGUGCAAGGGCUACGUUUGAGACCAAUUUUUUCGCUCCCUUGCGGCUCAGCAAACUCGUCGCCGUUCCAAUGGCCGAGCGACGUUCAGGUCUGAUCGUCAACAUCGGCAGCAUUGUCGGAAACAUUCCCACUCCCUGGUCCGGCAUCUACUCCGCCAGCAAGGCAGCUCUACACUCAAUCACCGAGACACUGAGGAUGGAAGUCAAAGGACUCGGGAUCGAUGUAAUGCUCGUCGCGCCUGGAGCGAUUACGAGUCAGUUCGGGAAGAAGCAACUCAACUCUUUCCAGAUGCCUGAAGACUCGCUCUUCAAGGACGUCGCGGACAAGAUUGCCGAGCGAGCAGAGAUGUCGCAGCGAGCGGACCACACCAUGCCCGCCUCCGUCCUCGCACAAGGAAUCGUCUCGCGGGCCCUUCGCAAACGUCCAGCGCGCUACUACACCGCAGGCGGCAAGUCGUGGCUCUUCUGGGUGUUUGAGCGCAUCCCGAGGAUCGUGGUAUGGACGCUGUUGGGGAGGAUCUUGGGGACGGACAAGGUGGGCAGGAAGCGGAGGUAG